AGUAGCUACUUCCGGUUGGAGACGUGGCUGUACCCAGCUGCCAUAUUGAAGCUUCGGUCAGGGAGACACUCGACAGAGGCUGCAUAAUCAUUUAAAAAACAUUGGCAUAAAGAAACGGAUACCAUACGGGACUGUCACAGUCGGAAUCUUAAGCACGCAAACGACCACACAGACCGAAAAUGGUGCUGUUGGCAGCGGCUGUGUGCACCAAGGCGGGCAAGGCCAUCGUGUCGCGGCAGUUUGUGGAGAUGACCCGGACACGCAUUGAGGGCCUGCUGGCCGCCUUCCCCAAGCUGAUGAACACGGGCAAGCAGCACACCUUCGUGGAGACGGAGAGCGUCCGCUACGUCUACCAGCCCCUGGAGAAGCUCUACAUGGUGCUCAUCACCACCAAGAACAGCAACAUCCUGGAGGACCUGGAGACCCUGCGGCUCUUCUCUCGUGUGAUCCCCGAGUACUGCAGGGUCCUGGAGGAGAGCGAGAUCUCGGAGCACUGCUUUGACCUCAUCUUUGCCUUUGACGAGAUCGUGGCCCUGGGCUACAGGGAGAACGUCAACCUGGCCCAGAUCCGUACCUUCACAGAGAUGGACUCCCAUGAGGAGAAGGUGUUCCGUGCCGUCAGAGAGACCCAGGAGCGCGAGGCGAAGGCGGAGAUGCGGCGGAAGGCGAAGGAGUUGCAGCAGGCGCGCCGCGACGCAGAACGUUCUGGAAAGAAAGCGCCCGGCUUUGGGGGCUUUGGCAGCUCCGGCAUGACCAGCAGCAACUCGGCCACCAUCAUCACAGAUGCUCUCAUGGAGCCCGAGAAGCCCAAGGUGGCACCUGCACCUGCUAGGCCCAGUGGCCCCAGCAAGGCUCUGAAACUGGGAGCCCGAGGGAAGGAGGUGGAUGACUUUGUGGACAAGCUGAAGUCAGAAGGGGAGAAUAUCAUCCUGCCCAGCACAGGAAAGAGGCCCUCAGAGGCGUCCAAAUCCCUGCCUCCUCCGGUCAAUGUAGAGAGCGUGCACAUGCGGUUGGAGGAGAAGAUAUCUUUGACCUGUGGGCGUGAUGGGGGCCUGCAGAACAUGGAGGUGCUGGGCAUGAUCACCCUCAGGGUGUCCGACGAGAAGAAUGGAAGGAUUCGUGUGUACGUCAACAACAAUGACAAGAAGGGCGUCCAGCUGCAGACUCACCCCAACGUGGACAAGAAGCUCUUCACUGCUGACUCUGUGAUUGGCCUGAAGAACCCAGACAAGUCCUUCCCUCUGAACAAUGAUGUGGGUGUGCUCAAGUGGAGACUACAGACCACGGACGAGUCCCUCAUACCACUCACAAUAAACUGCUGGCCUUCGGAGAGCAGCACCGGCUGCGAUGUGAACAUAGAAUAUGAGCUGCAGGAGGAGGGGCUGGAGCUCAAUGAUGUCAUCAUCGCCAUCCCUGUUCCUUCAGGGGUUGGAGCGCCAGUGAUCGGAGACCUCGACGGCGAGUAUCGCCACGACAGCCGGCGGAACAUUCUGGAGUGGUGCUUGCCGGUCAUUGAUGUCAAGAAUAAGACGGGCAGCCUGGAGUUCAGUGUGGCCGGCCAGCCCAGCGACUUCUUCCCUGUCAAUGUCUCUUUCGUCUCGAAGAGCAACUUCUGCGACAUACAGGUCGCCAAAGUGUCUCAGGUAGACGGGGACAGCCCUGUGAGGUUCUCCAUGGAGACGGCAUUCGUGGUCGACAAAUACGAGAUUCUAUAAAGAAAUAAAUGAUGACGCAAGGGGAAAAAUGAAAAUGAAAAUAUAUAGCAGGAAAAAAAAAAAAACGGAAGAAAUUACUGUCAGCCUGUCCGCCUAUUCUGAUAAAGUACAUCAAUGGGACACUCUGCCCAUCAAAGGCCCCCUCAUCACCAUGGCGUAUUUAUACCUUUAUAUGAGAAAAGAAAACUAUAAAUAUAUUCAUGUAUAGAGAAUGAACAGGGUUGUGUGGAGAUGUGCUGCAUCAGCAAAGGGGGAAUUGCAAAACAAAACAAAGAAAGGUAACCUGGGGAGGCUGGGGAAGGGAGUGGCUGGGAGUGAGGCCAAAGGGGCUCAGGGGUACAGAUUAAAAUCCCACGUGUCAUCCUUAAAUAGGAAGUACAGGGGAAUUGGGGGGUGGGGGGGCGGGGGGGUGGGGGGGGGGGCGGUGGGACUCACAGUUUGUGCUCCUUAAGCAUGAUGGCCCUGUCUACAUUCGCCGUAUUUCCUCUUGUUCCGCAACUUUUUCUCCUCGUCGGAAUUCUUCAUAAUCAUGACCACGCCCACAGCCUCUCAAACCAGGCAACCCAGUUGUACGAGUCGUUAGGAAAGGCUGUCUGGGCUCAGGCGAGGGCAACUCCCGCUGUUGGAAUUGCCGAAACGUCGUCUCUCACCUCAGUUGCCUGCGAUUGACCUUAAGGCAGGGUUAACCUUGCUCUGUACUGAGGGGCUUAGGGGUUGUGUUACCGUAUCAGUCCAGUUCAUGUUUAGUGUGUGAUCCUGAGAUCACAGCAAGAGAUUGGAAAGAAUCCUUAGGUAUUUGUGCCACUGGUUUGGCUGACGCCCUCUAAACGCAUCAUCCGCUGUGUGUUCAUCACUGUUCCACACACCUGUGCUGCGGUCUCCCUGUCAGUGGGCUGCAGGCUGCAUUAUGCGCCUGUAAAAGUGGCGGGUUCCUACCGGGCCGCCAAGUUUCCGCACUCGUUCUGUUUUGGUUCUUCUCCUGAAGCCAAAAGUUUUAAGAUCAGAAACUGCCCGAGACUGUUGGGUUGACUUUUUUUUUGCAAAAACUGCAGUCCUCCGAACAGGGAACUCAUUAGCAAGCAACGCCGCCAUGCGACACUUGGGUGUCGGCAUCUGCCGUGUCCGACACCUUCUCAGCGAAACCCAGUUUCUCACCCGGCCCCAAGUCAGGCUGUGGGAGCUGGCCAUUUGCCACUUGAGUCAGUUUAAUCUUCACUGCUCACGGUCUCCAUAGCUGUCUGUUCAUCAGCCGAUGUGGUUUGAUUGGUUAAAAUGGGGAUAUGGUGGGGAUAAUGGGGAUACGGAUAAUAUGUGAUUCGGUGUUUUAAGGUCUUAAGGUCUGUUACAGUGUAAAGACUCCCCAUGGAAACACAGUAGGAUUUAAAAAAUGCAUCGUAUUUAACAUGUGGUCCCUGCUCUCACAGUUCAGUGUAAUGCGAACCACAUGUCUUGCUCUGUAACCUGAAUUGACCCUUUCAGUUGUUACUGUGGAACUACAGCGCUGGAAAUAGAAUUGCUGUUUUUUGUUGUGUUCUAAAGGAUAGUUUUCAACCCUUUCUCACUUUGCCUCCCUACUGUUACCACACUCUCCCCAAAGAUUGAUUGACUACUGUUCUAUACAUCACUGCUUCUCAAGAGAUAAAAUCAGUGUGCUCUUGGAAGGGAAUUUAACCAACCGGUCACAUUGGUUCCAUUAUGGUAAGGCCAUGUGUUAGCCCUCAGCUGAUAGAGGUAAUGGCAUGAGUAGGAGGAGCUAUGAAAGCAAUCUGAACCCUGUGACCCUCCAAUAGCCAAGGCUCUUCCUGACAAGCCAUGCUCCCUCUCCCCACGCAACUCCUAGCCACCCCCCUACCUGCCAGAGAAUGUCUGUGGCCUUCAGGCCAGAAUCAUUUGGUCUGUGUGUGUAGAAAUUACUUUAGCCCUGAAUGUUAAUCUAGAUUGAAAAAGAGAAAAUGAAAUAUUAGGGUUUUUUGUUUGUAUUCUCUAAAUUUUGUGGGGUUUGGAUUGUGGGUGGGGAAGAAGAAGGGAGGUGGAAAGUAAAUUUGAAACUUUUGUAACCCUGUAUGGAAAUACACCAGAGGUGAUUACAGAUAACAUUCCAGUGUAAACUUUAAUCAAUUAAAGUGUAUUAUAAAACUUG